AUGCCGCUCUUCAAGGAGGAAGAAGACGACAAGCUGGACCUAGCAUCCAUCCCACAAAUGCCGUCCGUCGUGAAGAACGAAGAAGAAGAUGACCAGAUCGAAUUGAACUCCAUUCCCCAGGCUGAGCAGGCCAACCAGGGUCAGAGUUCCCGCCAACACGCAUACGGAACCCGCUCCGUAACUCGCCGGGAGGCACACCAGCGACGUCUCGCCGCCGAAGGACGCGAGCCCGCACCAGAGCCAGCACGCCAACCGCCGCGGGCCGGACACCAUCAUCGACGCCUCGCCCGCGCUCGUCGCCGCGAACGAGCUCGUCGCCUCGCCCAGCGAGAUGAGGCACUCGCCAGAGUCGACGAGGCAAUCGCUGGCGGAACGCACGACAUGGAACAAGGGCAGCAGUUCCAGACAAACAUCGACGCCGCAAUUGCGCGAGCAACCCGAGAUUUAGAACGCCUUAACAUGGCACAAGCCCCGGCCGACAUAGGAGGCCAACGCCGCAUCCGCUUCCGCGUGCGAGGAGUCCCUGCUCCCCAACCCCCAGUCCAACCGAGCCGCAUCGUCGAGAUCUACCGACGGUCGGGUCUGCUGCUGGCAGGCUUCGACACUCACACCUCGCAGUUCAUCUACCACAUCGGACGUGAUGCCGACUUUUUCAUCACGGCGCAGAACAGGAGGUGCUUCACGAUCCUGGACGCCUCGCACGACCCCGUCUUCAUCCAGGGCGUGACGCACCCCGAGAUCGAAUAUGAACAAUAG